GACUUUUUUGGAGAUAUUUUUUUAUCCGUUUAUAAAGCUGGCUGGAGUAGAGUUGGUUUUGCGCCAUCGUCAAUCGGAGGAAGCUACGGGUUGCAAAGGGUGAAAGAGUGAAGAAAUAUGCCGUGCUUAAACCUCUCCACUAACGUUAGCCUCGACGGCGUCGACACCUCCGCCAUUCUCUCCGAGGCCACCUCCUCCCUCGCCAAGCUUAUCGGCAAACCUGAGGCCUAUGUAAUGGUUGUCCUGAAAGGAUCGGUGCCCAUAUCUUUUGGUGGGAAUGAACAGCCAGCUGCUUAUGGUGAACUGGUGACCAUUGGUGGUCUUGGCCCCGACGAGAACAAGAAGCUUAGUGCUGCAAUUUCCUCAAUUCUUGAAACCAAGUUAUCUGUUCCCAAGUCACGGUUCUUCUUGAAAUUCUAUGGCUCGAAGGGUUCCGAAUUUGGGUGGAAUGGAUCUACAUUCUAAUUCCGUUUUACUUUGGCUGUGGGGGAUUCAGUGUUGGAUAUAUUCGCUGUUUGUAAAUGUCAUGUCAUGAGUACUCCGACUUUCUGAUCAUGAAUGGUGACUUUGGGAGGAAGCGUGAGGGAAAAUGAAGAAAAUAUGAAUCUUACUCUAGAAUAACUAAGCAGUGUGCUUUGCAUGAAUUUGAAAUGAAUGGCAUCAUGGACGUUGGUUGUGGCUUUUUAAAAAUUCUAUAUCAUAUGUUCAUCUUUAUCUACGUAUGGUUGUGGAGGAUGUGCUUGAUACGCUGCAAGUAUGAUAGCAUAUAGCGGAAAAAAGCAAAGUAAUAGUAUGGGUAGUGUUUUGUUAAUAAAACAAAAGUACAAAAGUUGCUCUUUU